AUGAAAAGAAUUGCUCGUAAUCAUGUAUGGUGGCCUGGGGUUGACGCUGAUAUUGAAGAGUUGGUGAAAUCUUGCAGUUUGUGUCAACAGUUACCUCCCAGUGCACCUCAAGUUCCUGCUAGCCCAUGGUCUUAUCCUAAUGGUCCAUGGCAAAGAAUACAUAUGGACUAUGCCGGUCCAGUUGAUGGGAAAAUGCUUCUUGUUAUUGUUGAUGCGUUUAGCAAAUGGCCAGAUGUGUGGAUUAUAUCGUCAGUUUCUGCUCAUGAAACUAUUGAAAAAGUCAGACUUUCAUUUGCUACACAUGGAUUACCACUAGUUGUAGUCACUGACAACGCUGGUUGUUUUGCAGGAGACGAAUUUGCAACAUUUCUAAAGGCAAAUGGAGUGAAGCACUUGUUUUCACCACCGAGACAUCGGGCUUCUAAUGGCCAAGCUGAAUCAAUGGUAAAACAAGUUAAACUUGGAUUGAAGAAACAAGCACCAGCAUCUUUGUCAGUCAGACUUGUUCGGUGGUUAUUUAAAUACCGAACUACACCACAUACAACGACUGGUCAGACUCCGUCGGAAUUACUUUUUCGUCGUAAGAUUAGAACGCAUCUUGAUCUAAUAGCACCUUCAUCACGUUUGAAGAAGUCAGCAGAGAAUGUUCCAAGUGGAUAA